AUGUCAGAAAACAACCGCACAGAUAUUAUCAAACCUCUUGACCCCAUAAGUGGAUCUGCCCAAGAUCAACUGCCGAAGGCACCUGCUGCAGCUUCUUUACAAAGAGGGAGCAUAAGCUCAAUUUUGAAUUACGAUGAUUCGACGCCUGCUGUGAUAAAGCCCCAAGUCGAAGAGGAGACUCACCAAGAUGUUAAUAAUGAUGAAGACCCAUAUGCUGACCCAAAUCCAUCAGUUGGGGAGUAUGAGGAGGCUCAAGAAACUGGGAAAGCUGAAGAAAAAGACAAAGAUACGCACGUAAAUUCCUCUGAAAAACCUAAUCCCCAAGAGCAAGCGAAGGAAACAGAAGCUUUUGAUUAUGAAAUAAACCCUAGAAGACCAAGAAAAAGAAAAAUCAUCAAUCUGAAACCAAAUGCCUUUUCUUUAAGAAGAACGAACGAAGAAGAGGAUGAGAAAGAGCAAAAAAAGGCAAAAGUGGUGCUGGUUUCUCUUCAUGGUGAGCAUACUGAACAAGAAUAUGUGCGAAAAAAUACAGAUCAAGAUGAACUUGAUUAUUCUGAUCUCCAAGGUCAGCCUUCGCAAAACUUGGACAGAAAAUUGAAGCGUCCAAAGGGAAGACAAAACGUUCACGACCAAAUGAAAAGGGCACAGCUUCAAAGAGAAAGGGAAGAAGAAGCUGAACAGAGGAAUCUCAAAGUGGAAAGACAGCAAUUGAUGUCACAGGAACAAGGCAAUGUCAAUGAUAUAGUAAGAAGUCAUUAUAAUCAGCGGACUCAUUUUGCACGGAAGGAAAGAAGACAGGAUUCAGCCACUUUCAAGCUUAGGAAUUUCAAUAAUAUCCUCAAAUAUAUGCUUAUAGGUAAAUUUUCCAAGCCAGGUAAUAAAGUUUUGGACUUGGCGUGUGGAAAAGGUGGUGAUUUAUUCAAAUGGCAACAAGCUCAAUCUUCUUUGUAUAUUGGAUUAGAUAUCUCACCUGCAUCUAUUGAAGAAGCGGUUAGAAGAUCUAACAAUAUAAGAGACAGAAGUUUCCUGGUAUAUUUUGCUGCUUGUGAUGCCUUUGGUGGCGACAUCAGGGAAGCGCUUUCUGUUUUUCCUCCUGGGACCAUUGAGCUCCCAGUGGACGUCGUUUCAAUUCAAUUUGCGUUACACUAUGCGUUUGAGUCCGAACAAAAAAUUCGUAAUACUUUGGCCAACAUUUCCAGAUCUUUGAAAGUAGGAGGUCAUUUUAUUGGAACUAUUCCAUCUUCUGACUUCAUAAAGUUUAAAAUUAAACAUUUGAAACCAGGAGAAAAGAAAUGGGGUAAUUCCUUGUACAGUGUGGAGUUUCUCAAGGAUCCUCCUGAAAAUGGUAGUUUUUUCUCCAACCCCUAUGGUAACACUUAUAUUUACAAUUUGCAAGACGCUGUGGAUCAUGUUCCUGAAUACGUUGUUCCGUUUGAAAUUUUAAGAUCUCUUGCUGAGGAAUAUGAUUUGGAAUUACGUUAUAAGAAACCGUUCUUUGAUCUAUAUCGUGAAGAAAUCCCUGAAUGGAUGAACAAGCUUUCACCAAAAUUGAGGAACGGCUUGAGAAGAUCUGACGGGAAAUAUGGAUUGGAGGGUGAAGAAAAACAGGCCGCUGAAUUUUAUUUAGCAUUCGCUUUCGAAAGAGUUGGUUACGCCUGA